AUGCUCUCCUGCUAUUGUCGACUCGUCGAUGCCGUCGGCAACAAGGGCGGUCCGGCCAGCGCGGACGGAGGCACCCACCGCCACCACAUCGCCGCCGCCGCCAGCACCACGUCCCCCGACUCCUCGUCGCCUGAGGCAGCGGAAUCAGAGCUGUCGGCGUCGUCGUGGCAGCCUCUCCCACGCUCCGUCCUGCACCUCUACCAUUUCGGUAUGAGCUCUACCACCGGAUACGCCGCCCCUUUCGUGCCGUGGGCUUCACGCGCCGGCGAGAUAUUCUACUCUUGGCGCAACAAGAUGUCGUCUCUGCCGUGGAUGCGGAGGCGCGGUCUCGUCGGCGACAGCAACGUGCCCCUUUCGCCAAAGCCAUCCACUGCAUCCCGUAGCGCUCCUGCUCAGAAGCCGUUCAUCCCGUGGUUCCCCGGCGAUCCUCGGGCGCACACACCAAGCGGCCCUCCUUCUCAGAAGUCGUUCAUCAAGUGGACCCACGGUGAUCCUUGGGCGCACACCCCAAUGUUGCCUGCUUGGUCCUGUUUCGCUCUCGCCAACCUGCUCCUCUUGCUCCUCCUCCACCACCGCAGAGCAACCAGGACGCAUCUCAUCCACCUUCUCCAGCUGAGGCUAGUAAGGACUGUCAGGGAUUCUUGGCUCAGCUGGCAUUUGCUGCUAUAG